AUGGAUAUUAAAUUCAUUGCUCUAAAGGUAUCUGAAGAUAAUAAUCUUAUGUAUUUUUUUUACACUCAAGAUUUCGCAUUUACAGUUGAUGCAACAAAUCCAGAAAUAUUAUUGGAAUGUUUAAAGAAAGAAUUUACUAAAGAAUACUAUCUACCAGAAGAAAUACAACAUCUUUCUAAUAUUAUAAUACCUAGAAAAUUAUUGUAUUCAUUCACUACACAUCAUCAUUUUGAUCAUUCUAGUGGAGACAAAAGACUUAAAGAAAUAUUUCCAGAUAUAAAGCAAAUAAAAGGAGAAGAAAAAGAUAUAAAUAUACAGGGAACUAUAGUAAAGUGUUUUAAGACUCCUUGUCAUACAAGGGACAGUAUAUGUAUUCUUAUUAAUAAUAAAUACAUGUGUACUGGAGACACUAUAUUUUAUCUUGGAUGUGGAUGGUUUACAGAAGGUACACCAAAAGAUAUGUUAGCAGCAAUAAAUAAAAUAAAACAGUAUGAUAAUAAUAUUAUAAUGUUAUAUGGACAUAAUUAUAAGGAAAAAAACUUAAGAUUUAUAAGGUCUGAAUGUCAGUACAUAAAUCACGUGGAGGAUGAUAGAAUAUUUUUGACCUUAGGAGAAGAGAAGAAAGAAAAUCCAUUUUUUUUAUUGAAAAAUGAGGAAGAAAUGGGAUCUCUUAGAGAAAAGAAGAAUAAAUUUAUUUAA